AUGGAUGCACGUGUGCCUCCCACACCAGUCAAUCCUCAGGAUGACACCAAAGAAGCAGGGGCGUCCUAUGCACAUGCUGUAUUAAAUUUUAAGCAGCCAACUAACAAUACAAACAAUAAUAAUAAGGAGAAUAUAGAAGAGCAGUUAAAUUCAAUACAAGUUAAAGAAGCAGAAAUAGCUGACAGUUCAAAACAACCUGAAGAGCCUAAACAAAACACAGAGGAGGAAGAAUCAUUCACACCUGUAGUAAGUCACAGUCGUAAAGAUAGAAAAGGUGAAAAACUUAAGAAAAAACUUGCUGUCGUUGUUGACAGAACAGAUAAGCAUGAACACUCAUCUAAGGAAAAAUCAAAAGAUUUGCGUUUAAAAGAAAAACGUGAUGACAAAGAAUCCACGGCUGUGAAAGAAGGUAAUGAAGAACAAAACGACGUAAAGAAAGUUUUUGUAGAAGCUCCUAUUCCGAAAGUAAACCCUUGGCAAGUUAAACCAACAACAGGAGAAGCCAGCCAACAUCAACCUCAUACAUCCCAGAAAAGAGUGUUACAACCAAAGAAACAAGAGAUUACUGUGAAUGGAACAGAGACUUCUGGAGUCAUCAAGGCGCCCAAAGAUAAACGAAGAUAUAACCAAAAGGCUAGUGAUUUUACUGAUAUUUGUGAUUGGCCCUCUUUAGGAACGAAUAGUCCAGAGUCUCGCAAAUCUUUGGGCCCAGUAAGUCAAAUAGCUCCCGAAACUACAACAGCAGCUAUAGUAGCAGGCACAUCAACUAACAAAGAUCGCCAAACUCAUCAGCAAAAUUUAGAAGAAGGUGACGACAAAAGAAAACCGAUGAAACACAAAUGGGUGCCACUAGAAAUAGAUUUGAGCAAACCAAAUAAAAACGAACGGAGACGAAACGAACGAGCUGGUGACGAGAGAUCGACGGUUAGCGAGGGCGAUAAAGAUUGGAGAGCUGAAAGGGAGCUCAACGGACACCCACAAAGUGGCCGACAUUCCAGAUCCAACCCUAGGAAUCGCAGCGACAGGCAGCGAGGGGGUAGGAGAGGAGCAAACAAUAGACAAAACAACAGAGGACAAAAUAACUUAGACUAUCUCGAUUACCAUUCUCACGAAUUUCCAGGAAAGAUUGGCGAUUUAGCUGAUGGGCAAGCCUUCAUGCCAUAUAUGGGAACCUAUUAUUUCAAUAGUAAUAGCUAUCUAAGUCUAGAUGGCCCUACUGUCAAGGAAUAUGUUCGAAAUCAAAUCGAAUAUUAUUUCAGCGAGGAUAAUUUAAAUAGAGAUUUCUUUUUGAGAAGAAAAAUGGAUUCUGAAGGGUACCUUCCUGUCACUCUGAUUGCUUCUUUCCAUCGAGUUCAAGCUUUAACAAACAAUGUAACUCUGAUUGUUGACGCUAUUAGUUCAUCCGACAAACUUGAGUUGACUGCAGGUUUUAAGGUGAGACCGAAGAAAGAUCCAUUGAGAUGGCCUAUCUUGGAUGAAAAUAACGAGCAAACGGAGGAAAUCCUUGCCAAAGUAGUUCCACCCCCUCCAUUGCCUAAAACUCUUAGAGAAAGACAGCUUGAUAACUUAAAUCCUGAUGUAGCUGAAUUUAUUCCUUCUGAUCUAGAACAAAAGAAACAAAAAUUCAACACUCUAGUUAACGGAAACCAGGAUUCCUUAAAAGAAAAACCGAAAGAAAAGAAUGAAGAUGAAGAAAACUGGAGGGAAGUCAAGAGAAAAAAUAAAGAAAAUAAGGUCAAAAAAGAGUCGAAGGUCAAGUCUUUUGAGAGAGAAGAGCUCGAUUUUCAUUUUGAUGAAGAGUUAGAUCAAGAAGUGCCAACUGGACGACAAAAUACAUUUAAUGAAUGGCCGCCAGAAGAUGACUCAGAUGAAUUGAGUGACAGAGACGUAAAUAAAUUGUUAAUAGUAACACAAAACACAACUUCCUCAAGGGCACCUAAACAUGAAGGAUAUGAUCGGACCGGUGAUUGGACUACUCGAGUUAAAAUGAGUCAAGAUCUCAUUCAGGCUAUAAACGAUGGACUUUUUUAUUACGAAGAGGACUUAUGGACUGAUCAAGAUUAUGAAAGAAGCUCACUUGAGAGUUACAAGACUGUCACCGUUAUUAGCCAAGAAGAUUUUAGGAAAAUGGCUCCACCCGCUCCAAAGAAACAAAAUCCACAAUUACCACCUCCACCACCUCCACUGGUUGAUAGUCCUUCAAAACAACAGCAAUCGGUUACCUCUAUAAACAACAAUCGGAAACCAAAUACUACACCAAGUAGAAACGUUCCAAGGUUCUACGCCGUCGUUAAAGAUGACCGACCUGAUCCUAGUACUCCAAGGAAACGGAAAACUAGGCAUUCAAGCAAUCCUCCAGUCGAGCAGCAUGUUGGAUGGAUCAUGGAUGUCAGAGAACAUCGACUUCGUACUACAUCAACUGGAAGCAGCUACGGUACAAGCCCUAAUGAUGCUCAUUUGGGUACAAGUUGUGGAAGCUAUGGUAGCGUACCCCAGGCUCUUCCAUCUUUCCAACAUCCAUCACAUGCUCUGUUAAAGGACAACAACUUCACACAACAAGCUUAUCACAAAUUCAGACAGAAGUGCUUGAAAGAACGCAAACGAUUUGGUAUUGGACAAUCUAAUGAAAUGAAUACACUCUUCCGUUUCUGGUCAUUCUUUCUAAGAGAGAACUUCAAUCGCACAAUGUACAAUGAAUUUAAGAGUCUUGCUCUUGAAGACGCAGAACAAGGCUAUCGCUAUGGCCUGGAGUGUUUAUUCCGCUUUUUCUCUUAUGGAUUAGAAGUUAAAUUCAGACCACAUUUGUACGAAGACUUCCAACAAGAAACAGUCAGGGAUUACGAGAAUGGUCAACUGUAUGGAUUGGAAAAAUUCUGGGCUUUCUUGAAAUACUACAAACACGGCAGCCAUCUCACCGUUACUCCUACUUUGAAAAAACACCUCUCCAAGUUCAAAACUAUCGAAGAUUUUAGAGUUGUAGAGCCAAGGAUUGAUGAGAUUUUGAAAUCCCACCACGGCAAAGGAAACCAAUACAAACAAAAUAAAAGGAAUAGAAGUGUUUCCGAAAGUCAGUCAGCGAUGUCCAACAGCGCCCGUGACCGACGUCCAUCUCAGAGCUACCAGAGGAAUGAAAAUAUGCAACAUCAAACUGGAACAAGCGCUCCCGCCGAUUCAGGAUUUAAAUAUGCCAGAUCUCGUACUCAUUCAUUUGGUUCCGGACGUAUUCGUAAUAAUAGUACUCGCCAACGUACUGAGUCAUGGAGGCAGAAAGAUGUUAGAGAAUGAGUCUGCGGUCUCUUCAUUAUUUCUUAUGAAUAUAAGGCUAUUUUAAAUAAAUCUGGAAAUCAACGCCUAAAGAUUAACCAGAUGUGAUCCACCACCAUUUAGAUUAUCUUUAUCAUAAUUGAAGGUUUGAUUUCCAAAAAUAUAAAAAUUAAUUUGGGUACUUUAAGAACACUAUUGUAAAAAGCGUUAGCUUUUAAACGUGUGUUAUUGGUGCCAUUACCGAAAAUAUUUUACAAUUUUAUAAUUUUUCGUACUUUUCUAGUAACACCAUUAUGAGUAGAGUGAAAUCAAACAGAAAAACUGAACUUCAGUGGCUCUAGAAUCGUAUCGGUUUGUGAAACUCAUUAGUACCUAUAUUUGAUUGUAGCUAAAAUGACUAAAAAUGAUCUUUGAAAAAAACUCGUUUGUGUAAAUAAUUUUUACUUUUCGAAAAUGUUCAUUUGUGCUUUUAUUCAUUUGAUUUCACUUAUAAUUUGUAAUUUUAAUAACAUCUAAUUUGUACAUACAUUGUCUACGUGAACGGAAAGCGAUUUUAUUACAGUGUAAUUGUGCUGCAAUUGUACCGAUGUUUUUGAAAAUACCCAAAUUCUAUUCACACACAAAAUGUUCAUACAAUGUGUUCAUAUAAUUACAACUACAACAGCUUGUUUUUAUUGAGGGAACUUCUACAUGUGACUCACAUUUCGACUUAUUCUGACUUAGUGAAUCGCUCACCUUAUACAAAAACAUUAACAAUGAUUCAUAAUCGUUUAUUCUUAGUCUUAAAGGUUUGUGAUUUACAAGAGAAAUUAAUUAGUCGUUGAAAUUUUAAUGUAAUGGUUAUGUCAAAAUUUUUGCGAUCUUUACUUAGAUAGGUUAUAAAAUAGAUACUUGGUUAAAAUAUUAGUUGCUCAAAAUAUCUGGCCAAUACUUAUUAACCCUUUCCAGACGCCACGCUGGUUUUGAAACAUUUGCUGCACUGAUAUUUUGUGUUAGAUUAGGGAAGAAUGUUAGAUAUUUCUGUGAGUGAAAAUGAGGUUUUGACAAAUACAUGCUGUCUUUUUCGUACUCGGAUUAAUCGAAAUGCUUUUGCUAUUCGAAUGCAAUUAUUUCUACACUUUGACGCAAUUAAUUAUUAAUUUAAACAAUAAACUGUGUAGCAGUUAAACAAUAAUCGAAAAUGCUCUAAAACUGCUAUUUGUUACAGUGACAUUUUGUCAUUGAUAAAAAAAAUGAUAGCUAGGUUUUGUAAACCGUACCGUCAAAAAAUGAAACGAAAAUACAAUGCGAUAGUAUUCACACCAAGGAGAAGGAAUAAUCUGGGUUAUAGGUGGACGGAUCGAUCAACACUCGAUUCGGCAAGGAGCAGGAAGUGAUUAAUCAACACUUAGUCACGGAAGCGGUUGGCCUUCUUUUCCUAUGACCAGUGGAAUGGUUCACAGAUCAAAACUCUGAUAGAACUCACAGGUCGAUUGGCCUUUGAUCAAUACCCAAAGGCCCGGUGGAGUUCUCACCAGAUCAUUACUUUGGCGAAAGUCGAUUCUCCUUUGUGGCGGCGGUUGUUUUAUACCAUUACUGCUAUUCCAUCUUCUGCGCCCAUCGAUGGAAAGUAGCGGUGGAAGUGCUUGUGUACGGAGUGGUGGCAAGCUGGCGGUUCUAGGAGUUGCAGUUAAUCACAAUAUCCUAAUUAACAUUCUUAGUACUGUAUCUAUCUAUCGCACCUUAUUGUGUGUAUAGUGUAUCCAUUAUUGCCUUUUUCCUCUUUUGCAUGCCCUUGGUCAGCAGAAAACUUCCAAAUGUGCAAGCAAUUUGUUAAUAUAUUAGUAACAAAAUCAGAGGGCCAAAAAGUCUAUAAGCGAAUAAAAAGAUAUACAGUAGAAUGUCACUAUUCCGGCACUAUAAAAAUCCAGAGGAUGUCGGACGGUUGGAAUUACUGGAUUGUAUAGAAAAAUUCAAAAGUAAUAAAAUAAACCAUUUGUGUUUAUGUUCUACAUAUUUUUUAUAACUCUAACAAAUAUCACAUUUAACUAGUUACAUAAAUACAUAGUUAUAAUAAUUUGAAAUAAUCCUUAAUUUAGGUUUGGUUUUGUGCAAUCUCUAGUCCUUGUUUAAAAACCGUUUUUGGUAUGUUUUUGAGAAUUAUAUAUCUACUAGCUUUCUUCUUCUUAGACUGCUUCACAUAUUUCUGCAUCUGUCAUAAUUUGUUAUGUUUCUUCGGUCUAUUCAAGAUUUUAAAUCUUCUCCACUUGUCUCGAAUUCUCUUUCUUCUAAAUUAUGAAACCAAUCGGCAAUAGGUAGAUUAUCUUUAGGAUCAUGUUUUUUUCUGUUUCUUGUAAUGCAGCAUUCAUUGUAAGCCAUAGUUUUAUCCAUGAUGAUUGUAUUAAGCCGCGUUGACAUGGGUAGUGAUCAGACGCGUGAGCCACGCUCAGCGUAAACACGUACGUUCUCCUUAUUCUCCUAAAAAUUUACUUAUGAUAUGGGGAGUCUAAAUAAAUAUUCCAAACUUUAGCUCCAGUAGCUAAUAUCAAAGUGUUAUUUACAAUUUGAGUUCUACUCUAAUAUUAGUAAAAAAUUUUUUUAUUUUUGGGGAUAACAAAUUCCAAUAAAUAUUGAAAAUUGUGUUCCCGACAUUCUAAAAAAACUUUUAAAAUGUUCAGGGUACUUGGAGAUGUCUUUAAUUAAAUUAGUAUGAUUUGUUGAAUCCACCCCCUUGUAACCAUCGGCCUUUUUACCUUUUCUUGCGAAAUUGGUGAAAUCCUGUCUCCUAUCACUCCAUACAUAACUUGGUAUGCUUCUGCCAACAAGGUCUGCAUAUUCGCCACCGAAGCAAAUAUGUGCCACGUAAACUCACUUCAUGAACGAGGCAUGCCACGGUCGUGAGAAGUUAUUAAGAUUCAUGUACCACGAGUGUAGCUCUUGCUCGUGAUUUACCACUCAUAUCAACGCUGCUUUAAGUUAAGUGAAAUAGAACGUGAGCGAGAGACAAUACAACAUCCUUCAAAUUAAACGUUUUGGAGGCUCUGCGUUAUGUCAUCAUCCUGAUAAGUAAUAUACAAUGACUUACUUUUAUAGAAAUGCUUUUAUAGACAAGUUGAAUCUUCUCAUAAACUUCUUCACUUCUAGAAUAAAGUCUUCAUUUAUGGAACCAGUCACUAAAUGGCCAACUCUUGUUACCCAACUUUUUCAUUGGUUCUUUUAGCAGUGUUUUUAAAAGUGUCACCAGUCUGACAACGGCCUUCCCACUUCCUGAGUACGUUACGUGCGACAGUCAACUGCGCGCAAGUAGGAGGGGGUGGUUUUAGUUGGUAGGCAGGAUAACAGGAAGGCAACCGUUUGCAGGACCUUCUUCUUUCCUGGAAAUGGGCUCGGAUGUACUCCUCUAUAUACAUCCGAUGAAAUAUGUGUGAUAAGAUGAUUCAUAUGAUGAAAUGUGUACGUUGUUCGGAAAUAUCUGACGAAAUUUUAUUUGAAGCGAUUAUAUUUGCCGUUUGUUGAAAAGGGUUAAAAUAACUGAUCUAUUUUGAAAAUGAUUCUUGUAGUCCAAAAUGCAAGUCCUAAAUGCAGUGAAAUCUAGUCAUUUUUUAUAUUUCUUUAUGGACGAAUAAUAAUUUUUGAAAUUUGAUAUUUUUUAGUGGAUUGAUAUUCAGUAACUUUGGCCACAGUUUCUGUUGAAAUAUUUUAUUUUGUAAUAAAUAAAAUAUAACAAAAAUGAUCAUUAAAUAUGUACUCUUCAAACUAGUUUCUUAGAAAUUUACGUACUAUUAUAUCAAUUUUUGCUAAUGAGUUAUGUAAUUUUUAUAUUUUGACAAAUUGUUUAAAAUUAUGUACAUUUUUUGAUUUUAAUUAGUUAUAUUACAAUGUCGCUCUAUAUACUUAAAUUUAGAUUUCUUUUUAUUAAAAUGUACAAUUUGAUUCCGGUAUACAGUGGGUGAUCAAAUUAUUAAAGCCACCCCAUAAAAUGUUAUUUGGUUUAAUAAUGGUAUUUAAUUGAUCUAUAAAACAUAUUUUUGUGCGUAAUGCUAUUCUACUGUGAUUUAGAACCUUAUAAAGUUUACAAAUGUUAAAGAACAAACGAGUAGUUACAUGAAAACACUUAAAAUUAUGCCUUAAGCCCAAUACUUGAUAGUGUCACUCUUUGCAGAACUGACUGUCUGGCACCUUCUUGGCAUAUUUUCUCUGCAUUUCUGUCAAUUUUGUUGAAUUAUUUCACUCUUGUGCCAUACUGCUAUUAAGCGCUCGAUCAAUUGACACUUUGUGGUUUAUUUUUUCAUGGGCAAAUCAAUGAUUUUUUUUAUCCAGAUCUGGCAGAUUCAACCCUUAUCUGGUUUUCAGCAAAGAAUUUUUUUGUUUUUGCCUUGUGACGGGGCGCUGAGUCAUGCAUAAACGUUAAACUCUUAUUUGGUAACCACUCCUGAACUUGGAGAAGCAUUUUUGUUAGCAGUACUGGUCUUGCCGCAUUAUUCCUUCGACAAUCUAUAGGCUACCAGUUCCUUGACUGCUUAUGGUAGACCACACCAUGAUAAUCAGGGGGUGCUUUACCGUCCUUACAGUACAAUCCGCGCUCUAUCCAUGAGGAUCUGCACAGUAAAUUUGUCCGAAAAACAAACAGAAUAGAAUAUUAUUAUUUUAGAAUCUUGGACAAAUUGAUCAACUGUAAACUACAUAAAAGAAAAACAAUGUUAAGUAAUAUUAUUUGCCUGAUUCCAAUCAUCAGUGGUCCGACCUUUAUGAUGUUUAUCUCAUCAAGCCUUUUUUCUUCAUGGCUGGUGUGAGUAGCGGCUUUUUUGCAGGGCGACAGGUUGAAGACCCCCAGAUCCUUUAUUCGCCAAUGGUGAUUGGUGAAAUAUUUAUACCAGACUUUUCAUCAUUUUCGUUAAAAUCCUUCUAAGUUGUUUUCUCUUUGCCAAGACAAUGUCUCAAAUUUUUCUUUCACCUCGUGUCAUUGUAAGUUUUUUUCACAUUUUUGUUUCAAAACUUCUUUUCAAAAGUUUUUCUUUAUACGGCCCACAGUUGCCUUGAAACUUUAGAAAUUGAAAGUUUUUGAUGAGAUGUCUUUGACCUUUUCCAUGAAGUUCUGGUACCAGUGGUGGUAACAUGGAAUGUAGUGCAAAAUUCACAAAAAAUAGUAAACACGAAGAUUACAAAAUAUUAUGCACACUAGUGUCAAGCUAGGCUAAAAAGCACUGACAAAUAAUGGCAUCUGAGUCACGUAUUGCCACACCCGCUGUGUUGCCACUAUUGCCAGACUAUUUAUUGUACUUUCAUAAAGUGUUACAAAGAUGAUCAAAUAAAAACAAACGCAUAAAUUAUACAGCUCAAUUAUAUACCCAUUUUCUAAAAAAAAUUGUAUUUUACUAGGUGGUUCUAAUAAUUUGUUCACUCCACUGUAUUUACUUCUACCACUUUAGGAUAUACCAUGACAUAUCAGGUGAAGCUUGUCUUUGCAAGCGAGCGAUCAAAUCUCGAGAUGUGAGACUUUUCUGCCGUUCCCUGUUAGUUAGAAUUUGUAUUUUUAGUUAGUAGUCAGCUGUUAUUUUUGUUUUUCGGUUCUUUUUUUGUGUACUCAGUGAAUCAAAAUCAUUAUUAUACCUUCUCACGUAUUUUGAAGAUUAUUUGAGUUGUUUUAAUGACGUUAUUUUUGUUUUUGAGUAAUUUAUGUUUAUGACUACAUUGUUAUUUUAUUGUAAUUGAUUUGUUAUUUAGCUCAUUAUUACAAAGGACGCUCCUAAACCAGGAGAGACCUUUUUAUCGUUUAGUUUGCUUAAUAAUUGAUUUCUUUGCCCUGAAUAGUAGCAAACUUUGAUGCACAAAGAAUGAAAAGUUUGCAAAAAGUUGGUUUUAAAAAAAUAAUUUAAAUGAUCUUCAAGGCCAUUUAAAAAUCUGAACGUGUGCAUAUAAAGUAUAGUAUAAUUGAAUGGGAAGAAAACUGUACAUUAUUAGACAAAUCAGGUAAUUUAUAAAAUCAAAUAUUGUAACUGCAUUAUGUAAAAUACCCACUCUGCCACCGCACGAGCAGUUUUAAAAUUAUUGUAACAUAUAGAUAUAUAAAAUAGCUAGUUGUAUUGGAAAAUGUGUACACUAAAAUGCUAGUUACCUUUUUUUUUUUUCGACAAAAUUAUGUACCAUCUCAAGAUUUUCCUUUAUACAGCCAGCAAUAAAUAUCUGAUUUCCUAACACAGAGUAUUGUGUAGCAGGAAAUUUUGUUUAAACAUCAGGUUGCCAGGUAUAAGGAUGUUUGUGAAUGUUAAAAAUUUUAGCUUUUUAUAUUAAUUGUACUGGGCUUUCCGAUAGAAAGUAUAUUGCUCAAUAAAUUUGUAAUUGGCGAUCAUAAAGACUAAACGGAAAUGAUAAAUUAUCAUCCACGUUUGGACAAUGUCAUUAGUGCCCUAUUUAUGAUUAUUACCUAAUAUUUGCUAUACUUCUUUAUGAUUGCAUCGCAGAUGAUAGUAAUCCAGAUACUCAACGUCUCCACGGACGAAAGUUCUCGUUAUCGUUAGUAGUUGUCACCUCUGGAUAUGUUGAGUACGUGAAUUAUUAUGCAUAACGCGCAUAAUGUGAAUAUAGCGAAAUGAUAAGCCAAACUUAUAAAAGCGUUCCAACCAUUUUCACAUGCGUCAAAUAAUAUUAAUUAGUCUGUGUCAUUAAAAAUUUAUUUUUACCUUAUAUUAAAAAUAUUGUAUAAGUACAUUCUAGUAUUGACUUCUACAUAUAAGAAUAAUAAUUACAAUGCUUCAUUUCAUUAGUAUUUCUCUACUUACCAAAAGUACUUUAAUUCUUAUAAAAAUAUUCCUAGUUGUUUCCAUUACCCACUGUUUUUACAAAAUUUUCAGCACUAAAGGAACGUAAAUAGCUUUUUCUUUGUUUUAAAUUUCAUGUUUCUUUUUUUGUUUUAAGAUACUCUAUUAUGUUUUAUUAUUAGUUUUAGUCCCCCUGGUCCAGUUGUAGACCAAAGGGGCUUUAUAGUUAUCUGUUAAAAAACUAUUUUUAAUUUUGUGUGUUAGCAUAAAAUUAUUUAUAUAAUGAUAAAAUAAUUUUUUGCCCGAUCAAUACAGAAAUGGCCGGUGGAUUCAAACUAAGACUCUAUAAUACAAAAGUGGCUGUUUACACAAAAAUUAUUAAAAGUUAUCUUUAUUUUCACUUUUUAUACUUCACUUUUUAUACUGUUAAAACUUUAAUUGUAGUUUUUUUAUUUUUAUCACCGAUAACCAUUCUGUUUUUUCCACAAAUCUUUAUAUUAACUAUAUUUUAGAUUGAUUGUUAUAUUAUGUUAAAUAAUUUUUUGUUACCAACACUUUGGACUAUUAAAGUCGAUAAGUAAUACAGGGGCAGGGAGCUGUCGAAACUUUCCAAAAAAGUCUAAAAUCAAGUAAAAUAAAUAUAUUUUGGUUCAACUUUAAAUUAGUAUUUUUUUACUGGCGGUAGUUGUUUAUAUAGUCAUAUUAGGCAUUCACCCAAAAUGCCAAUCAGACUACAUUUAAAAUAUCCACUGAAAUGUAUUACAUGUUUUUUGGAAGAUAUUUGUUACAAAAUGCUACCGCAAAAUUUAACAAACUUAAUAAAAAGAUAAUUGAAGGAUUUUUACAUGUAUUUAAGACGUUUAUUUGGAAAGGCUCGUAAUCUCCGCGUGAGACUUUAGUUGUCUAAUAGUAAGGUUAAGAUACUGAAUUAAUUGGUCUAGCGGUUUUUCGCUGGGAUAUUUUGAGUUUUAUGGGCAAGAAAUUAAAGAAAAAAAUGUGAUAAUGGGUGUAACUUUAGUGUUUUGCUUAUUCCUUUGCAUUUAAGUAUAUAUAAGUUAGUUUGUAAAGUUCGUUGUGGAAGAAUAGUACGCAAUUUGUCUUCCAGUAACACAAAAAAAUAAUAAAAUUCUAAAAAACCAAAAAAAGUUUCAUUAUUAAAUAUUUUUACAGAACAGUUCUACAGAACUCGAUCAGUUGUUGGACAACAAGUUACUUAUUAAGCAUUGGUUACUAAAUAAAAAUCAGUUCUGUUCCUAUGCCAAAUUAUAUUUUUUCUAGAAGGAUAGCGAAAAUGUGUUUCUUUAGAUUUCAUAUCUUUAUGUAAAUAAUAAGAUGUAAGAC